UUUUAUUCUCCUUUCCUCGCUGAAAUUCGUCGUUCUAUUUCGGGUUCCCUUCCUCAUAUCUUCCUUCAUACGCCUCUUGCCAGAUCCAUACUACAACACACAUGGAAGCCGCCACUUCAACUUCAACCUUUGCUAUUGGAUCGCUAUUUCGGGACAGGCCCCGUCUCCUUUCUCUUCCUUCCAAAUCCCUGCUCUCUGUUCCUGUAGCCCAUGAUCGCCCAAGAGUGGGAAAGAAGGCGAUUAGUCAUCGGGGUCGGAGGGUGGGAUUCCCAGUGGUUAAAGCGUGUGUGUCUCCGGACCCGCCUCAGGCUGGUUCCGCUGCGCAAAUUGCUCCACUUCAGCUCCAGUCUCCAAUUGGCCUGUUUCUAUCUCAAAUCCUGACCAUCCAUCCUCACCUUCUUCCUGCGGCCAUCGACCAGCAGCUUGAACAGCUGCAAACUCAACGUCAUGCUGAAGAGCCCCCUGCUUCGGCUGCUACUCAUGACAUUGUAUUGUACAGGAGAAUUGCAGAGGUGAAGGAAAAUGAAAGGAGAAGGGCUUUAGAAGAGAUCUUAUAUGCAAUGGUGGUGCAGCGUUUCAUGGACGCCAAUGUUGGUCUAAUACCAGCCGUUGGCCCACCGUCUGGGGACCCAUAUGGCCGAGUUGACACAUGGCCACAAGAUGACGAAAAGCUGGAGCGGCUUCACUCCUCGGAAGCAGGUGAGAUGAUCCAGAACCACCUGGCUCUCAUUUUGGGCAAUCGGAUUGGUGAGUCCGCCUCAGUGGCCCAAAUAAGCAAAGUGAGAGUGGGGCAGGUGUAUGCCGCGUCUGUGAUGUAUGGCUACUUCCUCAAGCGGGUGGAUGAGAGGUUUCAGCUUGAGAAAACUGUGAAAGUGCUGCCAGCGCCAGCUGAUGGUGAUGCAAUGGCAACACACGAAGGAGAAGAAUGGGAUUCCCCCUCCAAUGCAGCAGUGCAUCCUGAGAUCUCUUCCAUGCCAGCUGGACCAGCAGGUGUUACUCCUUGGGAAUCGCGUCUGGGGAUCAAGCCCUCCCGCCUCAGAACGUACGUAAUGUCAUUUGAUGGGGAGACGCUACAGAGAUUAGCAACGAUAAGGUCAAAAGAGGCCGUUGGUUUGAUUGAGAGACACACGGAUGCGUUGUUUGGAAGACCGCAGACUGUGAUCACCCCCCAAGGAACAGUAGAUACCACCAAAGACGAGCUUAUCACAAUCAGCUUUGGUGGGUUGAAGAGACUGGUUCUGGAAGCUGUGACUUUCGGUUCUUUCCUCUGGGAUGUUGAGGCUUAUGUGGACUCCAGGUUAAAACAAUAACAUUAUUGAACUUCAAUAGCGUAUCAGAAGCAUGACUUUAAUUCAAAAUGUUUUGAAGCCAAAAUAUGAGCAAACUGGUUUUUGUAUAUAUGCAUAGCAUUAGAAUUGUAUUGCAAUAACUCUAGUAUAUAUUGAAACCAGUCAAUGACAAAAUUCAUUUUGAAA